UUCACCUGCGGCAAAAAUCGUAGUACACUCUUGUAAUAAUUUCAAUGCGCAAAGUGUCGCUCUUUUGGGAAUAACCGCAAUGGGAGCCUCGCAGUCUGCGCGCACUGAACAUGAGUUCCAAGAUCUGGCUGAUCGAACUGGAUUUUCCCUCGAGCAGAUUGGCAACCUCAACAAGAGAUUCAGACAGCUGAGCAAGAAUGAGCAGACACUAAGUCGACAGGAUUUGGCAAGCAUCUCUGCUCUAGAUAACAAUCCACUCCGGGCUCAAAUUAUUAAUGCCUUCUUUGACAAAAGAAACCUCCGUCAGAAUGAGGUGGGUACGGUCCAGGUGAUUGGCUUUGAGGAGUUCCUUAUGGUCAUGUCUCACUUUCGUCCGGCAGCUAUGCACAUCACAGAGGAGGAGAGGGAGAAAUUGAGGCGGGAAAAACUACGCUUUGUGUUCAACAUGCAUGACACAGACAGUGACGGCACCAUCACUCUGGAGGAGUACAGACGGGCGGUAGAAGAGCUCCUGUCUAAGGCUGGCACAAUCGGGCAGGAGACCGCAAAGGCCAUUGCAGACGCCGCCAUGCUGGAAGUUGCAAGCACCACAAGGGGCAAAAUGGAACCUGAUGAAUUCUAUGAAGGAAUCACUUUUGAAAAUUUUCUUCAGAUUCUUAAAACCUUGGAUAUUGAGACGAGGAUGCACGUUCGCUUUUUAAACAUGGACACUGCAACCAUGCGAUGUGGAAAAUGAGUCCCUGUCUCCUUUAAAAUACAUCUGGUACUGCUGUUUUUACAGAAUGAAUCUCUCCGGGCUUCCUUUGGAAUGAAGCCAAAUACCUAUUUUAACUUAUGAAUGAUUGAUGGGAGAUCAUAAUCCACUGUGAUAUACA